AUGGCGACUACUGCUUUCUCCCGAUUCGCAGCUCCAACCAACUCGAAUGAUCCUGUCUUCGUGAUUGUAAUCGUCGAGGACUCGCGACUCAUGGCCAGUAAAUGGGAGGAUAUCCGUAACCACUACCUACUUGCGCUGCUGGAGAGCCUGAGAGAGGCCGACUUGACCGUCCCGAUGCGUGUCUGGUGGCUCACGAGCUCUCCAGCGUUCUCGGCGUUGAGCACUACCGUCCACGACGUCAGCCAAUGUGCCAGCAUACCCGACCUUAACCUCGGGCAGCAGUCUGACAUAGCAAUAUCCACAUCUACUAUUCGCCGUGCCACGAAUAUUUUCUCAAGCUCCAGCAGACAGAAGAGCGGACACCAGCACUUGAUAGUAGUCGCUGCGUUACCUCUCCUGGGAGGCGGCGACGGUCCCAGCCCAAUGCAGAGUGGCAUCGAUCCGUGGAUCGGGAUCUCCUUGGCAUUAUGUCAGGAGAAGCUGCGUCUUCACCUCAUUUUGGGACCAGCACACGAAGCGAAGGCCUUCCAUGAAUUAUUUCAUCGCGCUCGCUAUUGUCAGAGCCUUGCGGAAGUCCCACCCUGGUUCCACGUCGACACGUCUCGCUUUACUGUCCUGCUAUCGGGCACAUUGUGUGACGGGAGUCAAGACCGUCGGGCCCGAAGCCGAGGUCCCUGGCUCCCAACUACACCAGGACACGCAAAUGGCUCUGCGAGCUCGCCCCCAGAUUCUACCACAGCCGCUCUGCUCAGCUUGCAAGCAAUGACACCAAGACUGACGGAGUUUCACACCAUGGAAUGGUCGGCGAGAGGCUCGACGGCAGACCGCAAGCAUGGCACUCGCGCAGCUGCUCGAGGCGCAGAGCUCAUGCAGGCUCUAGCAUACCACCAUGCAACCGCAAGGACGCCUGCUCUAUCCCAUGGACAGCAAUUUUAUGACCAAUCUUCGGCGAUGCUAAGAGGUGCUACUCACCUGCCCUCAGUCCCGGAUGCCAAUUACAACCUCGAGGGCAUGUCUCCGCCGUCGGGGAUGUCAUCCCUGCCACGCGGCAGCGUCUCAUAUGACAACACGCCCCUGGGCAGUCAGACCUCGACUCCUCUUCCUUCACCUAGCCUGACGGCACCGGGGAGCCCUACUAAUAGUUUCGAAGACCAGCCGUUCAUUGUGACGCCGGAGUACGAGGCGUUCGUCGCUGCAAGAUUCGAGGAAGUGCUGCGCUCGGGCGCGAUCCAGGCGUCCAUGACCCCUGAAAUGUCUGCAGCCGUUCCUGGCCAGCCAUCAUAUGAGGCUGCUUCUCCGACCGCGCAGGAGCAUGGGUUUUCCUAUUCACUCCAACAGCCGAUGCAUUCGGGUUUUCAGAACUCUGGACCGCAUUGGGACGGCGGUCAAAGUUACGUACAGCAGGUCCCCGAGUACGGAGCUCUCCAUGCUGGCCAAUGGUAUCCGUCAUAAUAACGCCCUCUCCUCAUCCCCUCGUCUUAUUUAUUGCCGUGUCUGGCUCCCCAUUACCAGUGUGUGUAUAUUAUUGUUUUAUGAAGGGAUGUACGGGGACUAUUCUAGGCGAUUCACGGUGCGAUACCCCUUCAAUUGCUUGUAUAUCCUUUCAGCGGUCAAUUAUCCCACAUUGCGCGAGAACCUGAGACACAUACUAAACUUAAUGUAUUUUUACGCACAUCGUCUUCGUGAAAUAGCACUUCUACUUGAGAAUUUGGUUCAUAUCGACUA